CAUUAUAUAUAUUGUUGUCUCUCUCUGUGGGGAACAACAGUCUGUUACAUUAUAUAUCUUCUUGUCUCUCUCUGUGGGGAACAACAGUCUGUUACAUUAUAUGUCGUGUUGUCUCUCUCUGUGGGGAACAGUCUCACAUUGUGGGGGUGAGAGAAGCGGUAAACAAGGUCUGUCUAAGAUGUCUGUUGUGGCUGUGAAGUAAAGGAGUGGAAGAUAGGAUACGUCACUGGUCUAACGCCACUCUGAGAACCCUGCUCCAGCCCCCCUUCCACUGAGCUGAGACGUCUAGCGACUGAGCCGUCUAGCGAGAGACGCCUGGAUCCUGACAAUCCGUCUUCUUCUUCCACCUCCGUCAGGAUGAAGAACCAAAAGAAAAAAAGACGGUGUAUUUUCCUCUUCGUCUUCCUGGUUACUCUUCUUUCUCCCUCUCUGGGGCAAACUGACUACGCUCCCUAUUUCUAUGACAACGGACCGAGCAGCACCGAUGGGAAUAUGGCUCUGUUCAGUAUCUCAGAAGACACAGAAGUCGGAACACAGCUAUAUAUCCUAAACGGUACCGACCCAGAGGGGGAGGCCGUGUGGUUUGGCCUGACCUUUGAGAAGGGCACCAGAGAAUACCUGAGAGUGGACCCUAAGUCAGGAAACAUAACUCUCAUUCAGGAACUGGACAGAGAGAAACAAGGUGAAAUCUUAGCUUUUGUUAGCAUAACAGAUGGUGGGAAUAAGGUUGUCGAGACGAUACGGGUGUUUGUCACCGAUGCCAAUGAUGAGCAACCGGAGUUCCAGAACCUGCCUUACGCCGUGGACGUCCCCGAGGACACUUCAGCUGGAAGCAGCAUUUACAGAGUACAAGCGGUGGAUAAAGACAUGGGCUCUGGAGGCAGUGUCAACUACUACUUACUGGGCACCUCUGCUACCAGGUUCACCAUCGACGGCCACAGUGGGGUCCUGCGGAUCAAACCAGGCCAGACGCUCGACUACGAGACCACGGCAACACACUUUGUGAUAGUGGUUGCCAAGGAUGGGGGUGGACAGUACAAAGGGAAGCACCAGGUGUUGACAUCUACAGCCACCAUAACCAUCAACGUCCUCGACGCCCAAGACACUCCUCCAGCCUUCAUUGGAACUCCUUACUUUGGCUACGUCUACGAGGUCUCACUUCCUGGUUCUGAAAUAUCCACUGUGUUCGCCAAAGAUGGAGACGAAGGAAACCCUAAUCUUAUUCAUUAUUCUAUAACCAAUGGUAGUGAGGGUGUCUUCACUAUCAAUAGCACAAGUGGAUGUAUCAGCCUAACAGCUUAUCCAGUCACGCUGAGGAAUGAAUUAUAUGAAAUCCAUGUCAAGGCAACUGAGCUGGGGCCGAGUGAGGAGCUGUUGGACUACUAUACCAUGACUGUGGUGACGGUUCGAGUGGUGGACCUCAACAACCACCCUCCUACCUUCUACGGAGAGAACGGGCCCCAGAGCCAGUUCGAGGUGACCAUGUAUGAGCACCCUCCAGAGGGGGAGAUCCUCAGGGGGCUAAAGAUAACGGUCAACGACUCUGAUCAGGGUGCGAAUGCUAAAUUUAAACUGAGAUUGGUGGGGCCUGGUCGUGUACUCAGAGUGGUGCCCCAGACGGUCCUCAAUGAAGCACAGGUCACCAUCAUCGUUGAAGACUCUGCUGCCAUCGAUUACGAAAAAGGCAAAACCUUAACAUACAAGUUACUAGCGAUGGAGAUGGACACCCUUGAGAGGUUCAGUGCCACGGCUGAUAUUGUGAUUCAUCUUCUGGACACCAAUGACAACACUCCCAGGUUCACCUCAGAGUAUUACGUCGCACGUAUACCGGAAAACUCCCCCGGAGGCUCCGACGUUGUGUCUGUCACCGCCAAUGAUCCAGAUUCUGGCCUUUGGGGUGAAGUCAAAUACUCCAUCUAUGGUUCCAGAACUGAUUUGUUUCUCAUCCAUCCGUCUUCAGGCAUCAUAUACACCCAGGCCUGGGCCACUCUGGAUGCUGAGGUCAAGUCCAAGUACAACUUCUACGUGAAGGCAGAGGACACAGAGGGAAAGUACAGCCUGGCGGAGGUGUUUGUCACUGUCCUGGACAUCAACGACCAUGUCCCAGAGUUCGAUGACAGCCUUGUGGAGCGGACCAUGGUCAUUGGUGCACCUGUUAGAGUAGAGGCAAUAGAUGCCGAUGCAGGGUCGCCCAAUAACAUCAUUGAGUAUUCCAUCAUGCAAGCUGAGCCGAACAACAUCUUCGACAUCGACGCGGAGACGGGAGAGAUCAACCUGAAGUCGUACAUCAAGUCCAUGGAGAUUGUGCAGAACAUCACCAAGCGGAAAGACUGCAGGUGGUCUCUGGUGGUCCAAGCCCGGGACCGAGGGUCUCCGUCCUUCAGCACUACCGCCGUGGUCAACAUCGACAUCACUGAGGCGACUCAAGUCAAUUGGCCUAUGGCAGCCUUUUUAUUGCAAAGUAGGGACAACCCAAUGAAGGCCCUAGGAAUGGUCGCUGGUGUCAUCAGCAUAUUGGUAGGGGUCACUGUCUUGAUCUCCACGGCCACGUUCUUGCGCAACACCAAGUCCAACAGGAUAAUGCCGGCACGUCGCAUCGUCAUCAGACGGAGACCGCCAAGGGACCGCAAGCCGUGGACUUUUAACGUACCGUUCCGUGGUAGCGGAAACGACUCGUCGAACAAGUUCAUUGUAGGCGACCCGGAAGCAGGGAGUGUCAACGUCAACCUCAACCACAAAAGCGGCCCCCGGUGGUCCAGGUCAAAACCCAAACCUACGCCCCCUAGAGCUCCCUGCCUGCCCCCUCCGUCCUGCCCUCCUCCAUCCUCCAACCCCAGGCCCAGUGAGAGGCCCCGGCCCUGGGCAGCAGUGCCCACCGUCUCUGGGGGUCUGACCUCCACUGGUUCCAGGAGAUCCAGCCAGAGCAGGGAGAUCAACAUCGGCUCUGACACUUCUAGGAUCCCCGUCAGCUCAGCCCUGGUCUCUGAACUCAAAAUGAGACUAGAGCAGAAAAUCAUUGAGAGCAACUCAAGCUAUUAUUGAACCCGAUAGUUGUAGUGUGUGCUUGCACUCUAACCAAUCUCUCAGUAAUUGUCUCGACUUCUGAAGGUUACUCAGUCCUAGGAUUGUAAAACUGCAAAUGUAAAGGAAGGUUAACCGCUAGGCUCUUAACCACUAGGCUCUUAACCGCUAGACUCUUAACCGCUAGGCUCUUAACCACUAGGCUCUUAACCGCUAGACUCUUAACCGCUAGGCUCUUAACCGCUAGGCUCUUAACCGCUAGGCUCUUAACCGCUAGGCUCUUAACCGCUAGACUCUUAACCGCUAGGCUCUUAACCGCUAGGCUCUUAAGCGCUAGACUCUUAACCGCUAGGCUCUUAACCGCUAGACUCUUAACCGCUAGACUCUUAACCGCUAAGCUCUUAACCGCUAGACUCUUAACCGCUAGACUCUUAACCGCUAGGCUCUUAACCGCUAGGCUCUUAACCGCUAGACUCUUAACCGCUAGACUCUUAACCGCUAGACUCUUAACCGCUAGGCUCUUAACCGCUAGACUCUUUACCGCUAGGCUCUUAACCGCUAGACUCUUAACCGCUAGACUCUUAACCGCUAGACUCUUAACCGCUAGACUCUUAACCGCUAGGCUCUUAACCGCUAGGCUCUUAAACGCUAGGCUCUUAACCGCUAGGCUCUUAACCGCUAGACUCUUAACCGCUAGGCUCUUAACCGCUAGGCUCUUAACCGCUAGGCUCCUAACAUCAGGUUCAUUUCCUUUAAAAAUGUUAUUGACGACACAAUUUCAAAGCAAGUCCUUUGUCAAAGCAAUGUCGCAACACAUUUUAUUGAACCUAUUUUUAAUCCAACCACUUCUACAUGUGUUCUUUAAAGAUGUUAACAUCACGUUGGAUACUGGGGCCCUGGUCCAGAAUAGUGCAGUAUUUAGGGAAUAGGAUGCAUCUUGGUUGAGCGCCCGCUGUCAUCCAGCAUUAGUAUAACUAGACAUGUUUCUGCUCUGCCAUCUUGAGAUCAUGUCAUGGGAUCCUUUAUUAGAUAAGUCUUUGCAUUGCUGCCAUCUUGAGAUCAUGUCAUGGGAUCCUUUAUUAGAUACGUCUUUGCAUUGCUGCCAUCUUGAGGGAAACAACAUGUUAACAUGAAUGUCUGAGGGGGAAAUACUGAGCCAUGUCUGAGGGAAGGAUUUACUGCGCAUUUAUGUGUAAACAGAACUGAACGUGUGUUCCUCACAUUUCCUGAAAAGUUGUAUUUUAUUUGCUUUAAGACCAUGCAAUGUUUUCAUUAAUAGUGCUUAAAUAUAGAAUACGGAUUAAUAUGUAAGCUAUGUUGCCUGGCAAAUGUACUCACUUUUACUUGUGCGUCAGAGCGAUAAUGCAGCUAACUGUAUAUAAGACAGCUAUAAAAUAUGAGAUAUUCUUGACAGGAUCAAUGCCAUUGCUUAAAACAUGAAGUGCUCAUAGACCUAUGUAGUGACAUUCUUUUUUUUUCAAUUUUAAAGUUUUAUAAAGUUUUCUUGUCUUUCAAUCAACCAACAAAACAUAUUCCACAUUGACAGAUCUGACAGACUUAAAAAAAAUAUAUAAAAAAAUAACUGACAAUAAUAAUAAUAAAACAAUUAAUUAAAAAAACAGUAAAAAAAAAAAAAACAUUUUUUAAUUAAAGAAUUAAAAACAACUUGCAGCAGCACUAUCAAGGUUCUUGUUAGCUAUUUCCAACUUUAGCUGAGACGACGAGCAAAUAAUUCGUUUUUACAGCACAGAGAAGAAUUAGUGUAGUGACAUUCUAAUGGUGUUGGUCAUAUUUUGAAGCAGAGACGUAGAAGAUUCUGAAGCUUUUGGUUCAAAUCACUUUUUUUCUUAAAUGCUUUUGCAUUUCUAAAUGGUAAUAUUUUAAUUGGGUGGAUUGUUGCUGGAUUGGUGUUGGAUUGGUGGUGGAUUGGUGGUGGAUUGGUGUUGGUGUUGGAUUGGUGUUGGAUUGGUGGUGGAUUGGUGGUGGAUUGGUGGUGGAUUGGUGUUGGAUUGGUGUUGGAUUGGUGGUGGAUUGGUGGUGGAUUGGUGUUGGUGUUGGAUUGGUGUUGGUGUUGGAUUGGUGUUGGAUUGGUGUUGGAUUGGUGGUGGAUUGGUGGUGGAUUGGUGGUGGAUUGGUGGUGGAUUUGUGGUGGAUUGGUGUUGGUGGUGG